CGGGAGAGGAGGGAGGUUCACAAAUGAUGGCAUCAGCGACUCUGGCGGACGAGCUGUCGCCGCUGCCACAUGGCACAUCAGAGAACAACUCGUCGCCUUCCUUGGCGACAGCUCCAUCGCUCUCGCCCACCAGCAAGAAGUCCUUCUACUUCGACACGCCGGAGGAAGCCAAGGUGGGCAGAGAUGGCGAGGCGAUUGUUGCCUGAAGAUGGACGCCUUGAUGUGUGUGUGUCUGUUUGUCAGUCUGAAGCCCUCCGUCUGGCUGAGCUGCACCGCACGGGCGAUGCGGCCGAGGUGUUGGCCUUCAUGAGGCACACUUUCGGCCAAGAGUCCGUCGUGGACGACCCUGUGCUCGCGGCCAUUGCGCAGAGGAAACAGGUACAUGACAUGACCCGGAGAAAGACAGACAACACAGAGGCGGUAUAUAGUUUAGUGCCUGGUAUGGUAUCUGUCUGCCAGGAGGUGGACGAUUUCUGUUCGACGAUCGACUCGCGUGAGGGGUGGAUCUGCCAUCUCGACAACGGGGAGAAGCUGCGGGUGCUCUACAAGGGGACGGAGGGCUGCAGCGCCGCCACACUGAGGUGCGAGGGGCUCGUGGACGCGCCGCUGAUCGACAUACUCAGCGUCCUCAACGAGAUCGACCUUUUUAAAAUGUGGGUGCCUUACUUCACCAUUCCCAUAAAGUGAGCGACCGACAGGGAGAGGAGGGAGGGAGGGAGGGUGACGGCAUGGAGGCACCCGGCCAUCCUCUCUGUGUGUUUGUGCGUCUUCUGGUCAGGCUGGGUUUGCGUGACUCGUUGAAUCUGUGGCGCAACGGGCGAAUCGAUCAGAUCGACAUAUUCAAGUCAGCCCAUACUCGCAGACAGAGGCACACACAUGCCAGGCCAAGCUGGGAGUACGCGCGUGUGUGUCUGUGUGUGUGUGUGUGUGUGUGUGUUGUGGUCGAUAGAGUGGACAUGCCGUGGCCGUUCAGCAACAGGGAGACCUGCCUGUUCAUAUUUGCCGUCGACGAGCUCGAGUCGGCCAGGCCGCGCAUCGUCGCCCGCAUGUACGACACCGACCACAACACCGAUAAGAUGCCACGGGUAUGUUUGACGCAUGGCCGCCAUGACCACAUACACACACACGAGUAUCUGUGUGUGUGUGUGCGUGUGUCUGCCGUCCUGCCACAGGAUGGUCUGCGGUGUAUCCCCGCGGUGGAGGAUGGCGCGUGUCGUUUGGGUGUAGACGGCGGCAUCGCCCUCUACCCCAAGAGCGCCAACCUCUGCUACCUCCAGGCCUCAUGGACAGUCGACUUCAAGGUCGACAUCCCGGGAUGGCUAAUCACGUUCAUCUGCAGGUCAGUGCAGUGGAGUGGAGCUCCCCUUCCUCCCCUUCCUCACCGCGGCCGGCCAUCUGUCUGUGUGUCUGUUGCAGGCAGUUCGCGUGGUUUGCCUGGCGGGCGUUGAAGCACAUCUGCCGCAGCGCGUCCAAGAGCCCGACGCACAUGUCCCGCCGCGCCCACAACCGAGCCCUCUACGGCUUCAUCGAGAGCAGGCUCAAGGAGACCAAGCUCCUAGUGCCCCCCGCAGUCACCCCCCUCCCCGACGCCAUGCUCGCCGACGAGGAUGACGAAAACAACGCCGAGGAAUACGACGAGAGCUCGCCGCAUGACGAGUAUUACAACCACGCUCGGACGCCGCACCACGACAGCGAGGCGAUUUUACACAAGGUGGCGGCUGAGAGGCAGCAGUGGGAGUCCACACACCCGACUGCUGGGGGCGAGAGGAAGGAUACUGGGUGGAGGGCAUGGCUCCUCGGUGCGUAGCUGGAG